AUGCUUCGCCACGGCCGCGCCGGCGUCCCUAUGGAAGUCAUGGGUCUAAUGCUGGGCGAAUUUGUCGACGAUUUCACAGUUCGUGUCGUCGAUGUGUUUGCGAUGCCUCAGAGCGGUACUGGUGUUAGUGUGGAGGCCGUCGACCCGGUGUUCCAGACCAAGAUGAUGGACAUGCUUCGGCAAACAGGAAGGCCCGAGUCGGUUGUCGGCUGGUACCAUUCGCAUCCCGGUUUCGGGUGCUGGCUCUCGUCUGUCGAUAUCAAUACCCAGCAGAGUUUUGAGCAGCUGACCCCGCGUGCUGUUGCCGUGGUCGUCGAUCCAAUCCAGUCGGUCAAGGGCAAGGUCGUCAUCGACGCCUUCCGUUUGAUCAACCCACAGUCCCUUAUCAUGGGACAGGAACCCCGGCAAAGCACUUCCAAUUUGGGCCAUCUGAACAAGCCCUCUAUUCAAGCGCUUAUCCACGGCCUUAACCGCCACUACUACUCGAUCGGCAUCAACUACAGAAAGACGGCCCUCGAGGAGAAUAUGUUGAUGAACCUACACAAGCAAGAGUGGACAGAGGCGCUUCAGAUGGAGGACUUCCAUUGCGAGGGUCAACGAACAAAGGAUCGUCUCGAGCGCCUAGUCAGUCUUGCAGAGGGAUACGAGAAGAGGGUCAAGGAGGAGACAGAGCUCACCAAGGAGCAGCUUAAGACGCGCUAUGUCGGCAAGCUGGACCCCAAGAAGCAUUUGGAAGAUGUCGGACAACAGCUGAUCGAGGACAACAUCGUGGCGGUGUCAAGGCAGAUGAUCGACAAGGAGGCGACGAUGCCAAAGAAGGACACUCCAGGUGCCAAUGGCAAAGCGAAUGGGGACGAAAUGGAUGUGGAGGAUGAACUUUGA